CAUUGAUAGCGUCGCCUCUAUUGUAAACCUGAGUCACUCUUGAUCCUCUUAGUGUCAUUAUCUGUCAUUCAACUUCACAGUUCAUACAUCUAGAUACAUUUCCACUCUACUGUGUGUUCAUACUCAUUUAAAUCACUGUAGCAAAGUCCAAAUUGUAGAAGUUUUAAUCUCUGGAUUUAAUUCUGUCAUCCUCCUCUGCCUGUCGUCUGUAAGCCAACAUGGCUAAGCGUGUUGCUGUGAUUGGAGGAGGAACGUCGGGGCUAGCUUGCAUCAAAUGUUGCCUGGAUGAAGGUCUGGAGCCGGUCUGUUUUGAGAGCAGUGAUGACAUUGGAGGACUCUGGAGGUUUAAGGAAAAUCCUGAUCCAUCACGGGCCAGUAUUUACCAAUCUUUGAUUAUCAACACCUCAAAGGAGAUGAUGUGCUACAGUGAUUUCCCCAUCCCGGCCCACUUCCCAAACUAUAUGCACCACUCUUUCAUCAUGGAUUACUUCCGCGUGUAUGCUGAACACUUUCAGCUCAUCCGGCACAUCCGCUUCCAGACAAAAGUCCUUCAUGUAACACCAAGGCAAGACUUCCCUCACUCUGGCCAGUGGGAUGUAGAGACAGAGUCGAAGGAUGGCGAGAGAGAGAAGGAGGUGUUUGAUGCUGUGAUGGUCUGCACAGGUCACCACUGUCACCCACACCUCCCUCUACAGGACUUCCCAGGAAUAGACACAUUUAAGGGGAAAUUCUUCCACAGCCGUGAAUACAAAACCCCUGAAGAAUGGCGAGGGAAGAGAGUAGUUGUGAUUGGUAUUGGAAACUCUGGAGGAGAUAUUGCUGUGGAGCUAGGCAGAAUGGCCAAACAGGUUUAUCUGAGUACCCGAAAGGGUUCUUGGAUUCUAAAUCGUGUAGGAGACAACGGUUUUCCUUCAGAUAUGUUAAGAUACAGAGCAAUUAUGUGGCUUCAUAAAUUGUUGCCUAAAUUUCUCAUCAGUAUGAGAGAGAAACAAGUCAAUCGGAGGUUCAAUCACAAGCUGUAUGGACUGCAGCCUGCCCACAGACUUUUCAGCCAACAUCCCACGCUCAACGAUGAUUUACCAAAUCGUAUUCUCUCUGGUACUGUCAUGGUCAAGCCGAACGUGCAAGAGUUUCGUGGCUCAAGUGUGGUGUUUGAAGAUGGCACCGUUGAGGACAACAUCGAUCUGGUGGUGUUUUGCACGGGCUACACUUUCUCAUUCCCCUUCCUCUCUUCACAUUUAAUUUCUGUCUUAAAGAAUAAGGUGUCCCUGUACAAAUAUAUAUUUCCACCAAACCUGGAGCGCCCAACUUUGGCUGUGAUUGGUCUGAUUCAGCCUCUGGGAGCCAUUACGCCAAUCUCUGAGAUUCAAGCACGCUGGGCCACGCGUGUUUUUAAAGGACUCUGUAAGCUGCCUUCAAUGGAUGCAAUGCUGGGGGACAUUGAAGCAAAGGAGGAGAAAAUGGCAAAAAGGUAUGUAGCUACACAGAGGCACACCAUCCAGGUGGACUACAUCCCUUACAUGGAUGAAAUUGCAACAGAAAUGGGUGUUCGUCCUGCUAUGCUAAAGUUGUUCUUGACAGACCCUAGACUGGGUUUAAAAGUGAUCUUUGGGCCCUGCACUCCGUAUCAGUUUCGGCUGUGUGGGCCCGGUCGAUGGGAAGGUGCACGCCAGGCCAUCCUGACGCAGUGGAAUCGAGUCGCUCAGCCCCUGAAAACACGCAGUGUGUCUGAGCAGAAGUCCCACCGAUCCUCUGUCUCACUUGUGUUCUCAGUUUCUGUUGCAGCUCUGUUCUCUGCUCUGUAUUACAGCAGAGCCAGUCUUUACACACUCGUAUCAGACCCUUCAGUCAUACUUGACAAGAUAAGGGCUUAUGCACCAUUGCCAGUGCCCACAAAGUGAUCAGGGAACAUGACACAUUUUGAAUGAAAUCUGAAAUCACAGCAAGUGACUUUUAAUUGUAAGAGUAAGAGAACAGUUAAGGAUAUUAUUUUAUGCUUCGGUUGACAUCAUCACUCUAAAAAUGAUUGUAUUAUUAAUGUCAAGGGAUGUUGAUAAUGUUGUAACUAAAUUCACUAAGAUUCAUCAGCAUUCUGAGACAGUUUGCUACAUUUGUAUACAUGUAUUGUCAGAUUUUUAUUCUGUAAUGAAUAAUAUUUUGUUGGUUCGGAAUUCAAAGUCAAAUUACGUCCUUAGCAACAUAUUUGGUCUAUUGAUAUUCAUCUCAAUUGCUUCUCAGUUCUAGCAUGGAAUAUAACAAUUAGAAAAUAGGGUGAAUAAUAACACCAAUCAAUGUACAACAAUCGUCUUGUUUAAAGGUUUACAUCUACAUGACUUUUAAUGUAUUGUUGCUUUGUUGUGCAUCAGUAAAAGUCACCACCUUAGUAGUA